AUGAGUCUGAGAUAUCUUAAUUCAGAAAUGACAAUGGAGGACAGGAGCAGCCGCAACGGAAGCAGAGAAAGGCUCGGACUGAGCUUCACUAUCGACUACCUUCUGUUCAAUAAAGGAGUCAAAGGUUUGAAGGAAGAAGGAAGUCGUGCCGCAGAGCAGACAGAGAGCAACAUGCUAAAUCAUCACAAUCCUAAACCCGAAGAGGUGGGGAUUCGCCGCGAGACUCAGGAGAAGCGUCUACAGAGGUCAGACACUGGGAAAAGGAUAGUCAAAGAAGAGGAGGGGGAUGCAGAGCGACAAGAGGAGGGGGAGGAGGAAGUGACCACCACCACCACCACGUCCACCGGCAGCAGCAGUCCUAAGAAGUCUGUGGACAAACCCAACCAGUCGUACAUCGCGCUCAUCUCCAAGGCAAUCCUCGCGUCCGAGCAGAAGAAGCUACUGCUGUGUGACAUCUACCAGUGGAUCAUGGACCACUACCCUUACUUCAAGAGUAAAGAUAAGAACUGGAGAAACAGCGUGCGUCACAACUUGUCCCUCAACGACUGUUUCAUCAAAGCAGGCCGAAGCGACAACGGGAAAGGCCACUUCUGGGCGAUUCACCCGUCGAACUAUGAGGACUUUUCUAACGGGGACUACCACUGCCGGAGGGCACGGCGGAGGGUACGCAGGGUGGCGGGACAACUUCCUCUUUCCUCCCUGGCCUCGCCCUACCACCCUGCCCUCAGCAGGCAGCACAGACCAACCUGCUGGUGCUGUCCUCCGGCCCCAGCGAUCCCUCUGUCCUGCUUGGCCCCCAGACUCUACUGGCCCUGGUCCGGCUUGCAGCCACAAGUGGGGCUCCACCUGGGCCUAAAUGCCUCUUUACCUUGA